UGUGCAAUCUAGGGUUAGGGUUUUUCUCGGCACCAAAAAUGACAAAGCCUUCCCUCUACCUUCUGCCUCUUUUCUCUUCAUCUCCUUAUCUGUAAAUUUGAAAUUCUGCACUGUAAAUUCUUCAAAAGUAUCCCCGAUCGAAAGAGAGUGAAACAAAGAGAUGAAAAAACGUCAAGUUGUGCUGAAGAGGAAUGACUCUUCGAGCAAUUCAGUGAAUUCAUCGUUAUCAGUUAGGACUGUGAGAUACGCAGAGUGUCAAAAGAAUCACGCAGCGAGCGUUGGAGGGUACGCCGUGGACGGCUGCAGAGAAUUCAUGCCUUGCGGAGAGGAAGGAACUGACGAUGCACUCACCUGCGCCGCCUGUGGUUGCCACCGGAACUUCCACCGCAGGGAGGUACAAAAUGAAAUAGUCUGUGACUGUUCUUCUACAAAUAAAUCGUAGAUUAAUUAUCAUCGUGUUUGUGUGUCCAUGUUCGUGUCUGUUUUGAGUGAAUGAGUGUGUGAUCAAGUUAAGUUAAUUGUCGUCCUAUCUUAGACGAACUACCGCAAGUCCUAUGAUGAUUUUGUUACCUUAAAACGAUAUGCAGUAUGGUUUUGCAUUCUUCAGGAAUUAAACUUGCAUGAAAUUCCUUAAUCCAAACGGAUUAAUGGCAUAAUCAAUUUCUUUAAAGUAAUAUGAAUCAUUAAAUAUUGCAUUUUAUCAAUGUAUCUGUAUAAUUCGAAACAGAAGUAAAUAACAUUUAUUAUAUAAGUUUGAAAUAUUUUUA